GCCAUGGAGGCCACAGCGCUCUGCAUCACACUGUGGAUGACGGUGUUUCUGCAGCUCUGUGAACAGAAAGUUGAUGCAGAUGUUUGGAUCGAACCAUCCAGACUUCAAGUCUUUGAAUACGAGCCUUUCUCUUUAAGAUGUGUGGGCUUCGAUGGUUUGACCGAUGUGAACAUUUCACGGCGGAACAAAGCAGGAAAGGAAACUUGUGACGGCUCAAAAUGGGGUUCAUUGAAUGAGACUAAUUGCACCAUUACAUCUCCUUAUAAAGAGGACAGUGGAGAUUACUGGUGUGAGACUAGAGGGAAGAAAAGUGACUAUGUGAACGUCAUUAUCACCGCUGGCUCUGUGAUCCUGGAGAGUCCUGUGCUUCCUGUGAUGGAGGGAGAAUCUGUGACUCUGAGCUGCAGGAACAAGACGACCACUUCCUCCAUCCUCUCAGCUGACUUCUAUAAAGAUGGCCGCCUCAUCAGGAGCAGCUCCACAGGAAACAUCACCAUCCACAGGGUUUCUAAAUCUGAUGAAGGACUCUACAAGUGCAGCAUCUCUGAAGGUGGAGAAUCACCAGAGAGCCGACUGGCUGUCAGAGCUGGCUCUGUGAUCCUGGAGAGUCCUGUGCUUCCUGUGAUGGAGGGAGAAUCUGUGACUCUGAGCUGCAGAAAAAAGACGAUCACUUCCUCCAUCCUCUCAGCUGACUUCUAUAAAGAUGGCCGCCUCAUCAGGCGCAGCUCUACAGGAAACAUCACCAUCCAAAGGGUUUCUAAAUCUGAUGAAGGACUCUACAAGUGCAGCAUCUCUGAAGGUGGAGAAUCUCCAGAGAGCUGGCUGGCUGUCAGAGUUUCAGCUAAAGAGACUUCCUCCACUCUCUCCCCGUGGAUCUUUGUCUCUGUUUCAUCGAUGCUUCUGCUGCUGGCCGUGGGAAUACAUCGAUUUUACAGAAGUUAUCGGCACAGAGUGUUGCUCUGCCUGUCCACGUUAACACCUGGACCGGCUGAGCAUCACACAGUUUCAGUAGAGGCCAGUGCAGUGGAUUCAGGCCAAAUGUUGUAUGCUGUGGUAUCAAAAACCAGGAAGAAGAAAGGUGUGGAUCAAUCAUAUCCAACACCCGUUUACUACACCUUGGGCCCGGGAGAAACUCAACAACAGGAGCCAUCCGUAACAGAGGACGCCUUGUAUUCUACAAUCCAGCCGCUGAAGAUGGAGAUUUGAUUUUUUUAGAUUUAGAUUUUGUACCUUAAUGAAAAGGUGAAUUAAGAAUGCACUGAUAUUUGUUUAUAAAGUAUUCUAAAUAAAUAGUUCCUUCUUUGAAGAAGAACACAUGUAGUGGUUAGUUGUCAAAGAGAAAUGCUCAUUUACGUUUUAAGAUAUGAAAGUUUGUUGUGGUUUCACAGUUAAACCGACUUGUUCCAUCUCUCAGACACACGGCUGAUUCUAAAUACUCUCGCUGUGGUUUACUGCAGAGUUCCUGCAUCGCGCUGAGUCUGUGGUUAAACGUGUGUUAUAUUUACUGUCCUGUGAAAGUGUGAAGGUGAAUGUGAGGACACAUGAACUAUAAAAUACGUCACAGUGUGUUUCUGUGUCACUGUUUUCAGAUUAAUUGUAAUUGUACAUAUUGCUUUAACUCGCCCCAUCAUUGAACCAGGUUUUACAGCUCUGCCAUAGAGAGCAUAUUCACAUACUAAACAGUUUCUUUCCCAAAGCCAUACACACU